AUGUCGGCCUCAUCCUCCUCUCCGCCAGGCUCCCCGCCCCUUGCGGCGAUCAGCACCUCGAGCAUGGAGAGCAGCUCCGGAUCGCAGAACAAGGGCGGUAGCCCGACGUCUCGCGCCCCUGCCGCUCGUCUCGCCCUCAGCCAGCCCGGUGGCACCAACUCUGGAACGUCGACCCCGUACAUGCGCACGCCGCCCAUCAUAACGCAGUUCAACGACUCUAAGUCGUACCCCGGAUUCCAGCCGGUUACGAUGAUGCCUGCGAAGGACCGCGACCAGUCCCCGCCCAAGCUCUUUGGAAUCGAGCUCAAGUGGCUCUCGCUGGUCACGUUGGCCCUCCAGAACGCCUUCCUCACCAUCAUCAUGCACUACUCGAGAAUAUUGACGCCCCCCAACCGAACGUACUCGGCCGCGGCGGCUGUCCUCAUGAACGAGCUGCUUAAGGGCUCGAUUUCGGUUCUUAUCGCGCUUAAGCGUAUCGACGACUCGUGGACUAGCUCGUCGCAGUCCAACUGGCCUGAGCGUGACCUCAUGGGCGCUGAAAAGCCUGCUUCCCAGCCUGCCCGUGCCGUCAGGAAGGGCUGCAGCAUGUUUGCGCUCUCCCGGCUAAACGCUCUGCGCCGCUCCGUCUUCUCGCCUGACUGCUACAAGCUCGCCGUCCCCGCCAUUCUCUACGUUAUCCAGAACAACCUCCAGUAUGUCGCCGCCUCGAACCUCGACGUCGCGACCUUCCAGGUCACGUACCAGAUGAAGAUUCUGACGACCGCGUUCUUCUCGGUCCUCAUGCUUGGCAAGCGCCUGAACCGUUCCAAGUGGAUCGCCCUCGUCCUCCUCGCCAUUGGUGUCGGUGUCGUUCAGCUCCAGACGACCUCUGCCCCCGCCCACGCCGCCGCUGCCGCCGUCGAGUCGGCUUCUGUCUCGGACAAGGCGCUCCGCGACAUCUCGCCUGACGUCACCGAGGACGUCCCCCUCUCGAGCGACAAGCCCCUCCUUGAGGACAUGGCAAUGCACCCGUUCAAGGGUUUCAUGGCCGUCACUCUCGCCUGUCUCACCUCUGGCCUUGCCGGUGUCUACUUCGAGCUCAUCCUCAAGACUGGCUCUGGCGGCAACUCGGACCUCUGGGUGCGCAACACGCAGCUUUCGCUCUUCUCGCUUAUCCCGGCCCUGGUUCCCAUCCUCUUCACCGGCCACAACGCGGGCAUGUCGUGGGUCCAGAACGUCGCUUCCAAGUUUGCCCACUUCAACGGCUGGGCGAUCGGCACUGUCCUGACCCAGACGUUUGGUGGUCUCAUCACUGCGAUCGUCAUCCGCUACAGCGACAACAUUAUGAAGGGCUUCGCGACCUCGCUCUCCAUCAUCAUCUCGUUCCUUGCCUCUGUUGUUCUCUUCGCCUACCCGAUCACCUCGACUUUCAUUGUUGGAGCCGCCAUUGUUCUCCUCGCGACCUGGAUGUACAACCAGCCCGGUGCGCCCGACGCCGCGAGCCGCAGCACGAUCGCCGUCGCGCCGGGCAGCCCGAUCCCGUCCACGGCGCCCAUCCUCGGAGAACCUACUCCCGUGCGCAACAACAGUGUCAAGAACCUCCUCGGUCUCAUGUCGCGCUCCAACUCGCGUGCCGGCUCGCGGAGGCCGUCGGCUAACGACCUGCGCCCGCUGGCGUCGACGAGCAUGAGCCGGUCCAACUCGUUUUCGCCCGCGAACAGCGUUCAGAACUCGAGCACCAACCUCGUCGGACUUGUCAGCGGAUCACCGCCGCCCAAGGGCUCUGCGAAGGGAACGCAGUAG